UGAAGAUGCGGCACCUGUAACCUGCACUGAGUCUCCAGUUCCGGUCAAUUAAACGGUAUUCAGAAGACUGGAAACCGAGUGCACUGUCAGCUAUUUCACUUCAUGCCCUGACAGGUUAAGGAGCAGGAGGGGAGGAGAUAAAGGACCAGAAAAACCGGUAAGCAGCUGGGAGCCGUGGAGAAUAUGCGAAAGGAGGAGUAGAUUUCAGUCUGGCCAGCAAAACCAUAAGACCUGUGAGGAGGAAGAAAUGAGCAACAACAGAAAGACGUGAAGAGAGAGUAAUACGUUUGAGGUGAGACUGAACACUGCCAUGGAGAAAACAUAAAACCGCAUAUUUCAAAGGGCUUCUGACUAGCAGCAUGACUUGGACCUACGGAAUUGCAAAAUACAAACACACCUGUAGCCAACAGUCAUCUGAGGACACUCUCUCUGAUUCUCCAUUCCGGGAACCUUUCAGUAGCAAUCAUUUGCAUACAGCCCAACUGAACCCCACUACCCUUUCUGUGUUAACUGCAGUGCAAGCUGUUUAAAGAGAUCCCAAGAGCCACUUGCUUUGCUUGUUCUAUUAGGGACUAUGGAGGCGGAUACAUCCUCAUGGUCCGUCCCUGUUCAUCUCCUGAGGGCCAGAUGAGGAGCAUGUUACCUAGCUUGUUACGGGGCCAGCGGUUCAACUGCCGUGAAUGGGCCCUCGAGAAACUACAAAGAUACCUAGAGGCACGAGACGCCACAAAGAACGUGGAGGGAACGGCCCGUGUCUCUCCAGGGGUCCUAGUGACUGGGGGCCAGGGCACGGGUAAGACGGCCCUCCUCACAGAACUGGUUUGGCCCCAGUCAGAAGCAUGCAGGGCGGCGGGGUUGGCAUCACGGUGUUUGGCCUGGCAUUAUUGCCAGCGAGAGGAUGCAGGCAGUAUUGAAGUGUGGAGAUUUGUACUGGGGCUGGUUGAACAGCUGAAGGAAAGUGCACUUCUAGGAUCAGACUAUGUGAAACAGUUAAGCAGUGCUGCUAUUGCUGCUGUCCUGGAGCCCCUCCACUGCCAAAGAGAACCUGAUGACACUUUUAAAAGGGCAGUAUUAGAGCCCCUCUUGUCUUUUACACCACCAGCUCACAGUGUGUUUAUUGUGGUUGAUUCACUGGACUCGGGGUAUUGUGGAGGUAAUGGAGUUGGAGAAAGCUCAAUAUCAGGAUCUGCAACCACUCAGAGUUCUUCUAUUGCAGAGCUCCUGCUCAAAUACCUACAGCUCCUGCCCCCCUGGAUCUUGCUGGUCUGCUCUGCACGCCGCCAGAACAAAGCCAUUUGCAAGAUGUUCUCAGGAUUUAGGAGGUUGUGUCUGGAUGACUUAAGGAAGCCUGCAACUGUACGAGAUGUGCAGCAAUAUAUCCUGCGGAGGCUUGACCAGGACGGGGCUUUGAGAAGACAACUUACACCAGAGACGGCUGAAAUGCUUAAUCUUUUGCACAUCAAAAGUGGUGGCUGUUUCUUGUUUCUUGAGCGAGUACUAGAUGGUAUUGCACAUGGUCGAGUAGGACUUCGAGAAAUUCGGGACAUUCCUGGCACACUGAAUGGCCUCUAUCUUUGGCUUUGUCAGCGACUCUUUCCUCGAAGGCUGUUUGUCCAUAUUAGGCCUUUGCUGAAUAUCCUUUUGGCAUCCCCACAACCACUAACAGCUGAGCAGCUCUACAGUAUUGCCAGAAGCCGUGACUUCUACCUUGGGAUUGGAGACUUCCAAGCACAGAUGGGGGCUCUGGCAUCUCUGUUUGUAGAUGGCCCUGAGGGCAGUAAACUCCUCUUUCAUAGCAGCUUUGCAGAAUGGUUAACUGAUGUUAAAUACUGCACACAGAAGUUUCUGUGUUAUGUGAAGGAUGGUCACCUUUCUUUGGCCAUGUCCCUCUCUCUUCGAGCUAGUAGUUUGAGUACAGAGGAGACUUGCCAGCUGGCCUACCACCUCCUCAACAGUGGAGUCCAUGAAGGUGAGCCAGCCCUCCUGGCACUGUGGUUGCUAUGGACUGGAGUUCCAGCUCUUAAUGGUGCCAGAAAAGACUGUUCUUCUAGUCAUACACCUGUAUUAGUUCAGCAAGAUGUGCUACAACUCUUGAUGAAAAGUGGAAUUUACCCUGCGAGCUGUUCCCCAGACAAAAGCUCCAGUGUCGGGGUUCACUGUGUUGGAGGAGAAGGCAGGAUAGUUCAGCGAGCAUUACAGAGGGAAGACUCUGUGAGAGCACUUCUAGACAGUGGAAUCCGUGUGAACCAUACAGACCCAUCAGAUGGACGGACUUUAUUAGCAGCUGCAGCCCAUGCUGGACUUGUAGAUGUAACAGCAUUGCUGUUAUGCCGUGGAGCAGACCCUUUACUUAACGACAACCAGGGACAGACUGCAUUGACUCUUGCUGCCAGACAAGGCCAUGUUGGUGUACUGCAGUUGUUGCUGGAGUGGGUGCAGGAGCAGGGGAGCAAGAGUCCCACAGCACAAGCCCUGCUGGAGCAUGUGGACAGUGAGGGAUGGACUGCUCUUCGCUUUGCUGCAUGGGGUGGCCACAAGGAAGCUGUGCGUCUACUUCUGGAAGCAGGAGCAGAGAUUCAUGGCUGUGAUUCAGAUGGCCGGACAGCCUUGCGAGCAGCAGCAUGGGGUGGACAUGAGGAAAUUCUGUUGACCCUCCUUGAUCAUGAUGCUGAAGUAGACCGCUCAGACCAUGAGGGACGUACUCCACUAAUAGCUGCAGCCUACAUGGGUCACAAAGAGGCAGUAGAGAUCCUUUUGAAUGCUGGAGCUGAUUUGAAUCUUGCAGAUAGGGAUGGACAUACCGCUUUGUCUGUUGCUGCAUUGUGUGUGCCAUCAGCAGCUGGAGGACGAGGGCAUGGAGAGGUUGUAAGCCUUCUGUUGGAGCGAGGUGCUGAUCCAGAACAUAAGGACCGAGAUGGAAUGACGCCUUUACUACUAGCCUCUUAUGAAGGGCAUGAGGAAGUAGUUGAACUCCUCCUGGAAGCUAGAGCUGAUGUAGAUGAAAGUUCUGGAUCUCAUCCAUCUGCUAUCACUCCUCUUCUUGUGGCUGCAGCUAUGGGGCAUGCUGGCACAGUUAACCAUUUGCUGUUUUGGGGGGCAGCAGUGGAUGGCAUUGAUGGAGAAGGCCGCACUGCUCUCUGCUUGGCUGCAGCAAAGGGUAGUGUUGAAGUUGUAAGAGCACUGCUGGACAGGGGUUUGGAUGAGAAUCACAAAGAUGACCUGGGCUGGACUCCAUUGCAUGCUGCAGCUUGUGAAGGUCACAAAAGUGUGUGUGCAAUAUUGACCGAGCGAGGUAGCAUGGCAUGUGUGGGUGAGCUUGAUGUAGAGGGUCGGAGCCCUCUAAUUCUAGCAGCACAAGAAGGGCACUGCAGUACAGUCAGGCUACUUCUAGACCAUAAGUCACCCAUCGAUCAUCGUGCAUAUGAUGGACACUCUGCACUCAGUGCGGCUGCUCUGCAGGGACAUCGGGAGAUUGUGGAGUUAUUGAUGCGUAGAGGGGCUGACACUGAUGUCCGUGAUGCUGAAGGAAGACCCCUUCUUUAUUUGCUGGUCCUGGAGGGCCAUUUAGACAUGGCCACCCUACUCAUAGAAAAAGGUGGUGUCCCUUUGGAGUCAAAAGAUGCAGAAGAGCGAACUGCACUCCAUGUAGCAGCUUGGCAAGGAGACCUGGAAGGUAUUGAACUGUUGCUGAUAUAUGGAGCUGACCCAAAUGCCAGAGAUCUUGAUGGUCGGGCUCCUUUGCACUCUGUGGCAUGGAGAGGUCAUGCAGCUGCUGGCAGGCUGCUCCUUAGGGCUAAAGGUCUUAAUGUAGACCUGGCUUGCAAACAGCAGGGUGCCACAGCACUUAGUAUUGCUGCUCAGGAGGGGCAUGUUGAAAUUGUGGCCAUGCUUUUAGAGAAAGGUGCAGAACCAGACCAUGUGGACCGUUACGGUCGCAGCCCAGUUAAGGUAGCAGGAAAACAAGGUCAUUUCACAAUUGUGCGACUUCUGGAGAGUUAUGGCGCAAAGUGCUUCUCAGGUCUCAUACCAUUUACACCUAGUGGUGCUCCCAACAAUUCUUACCUUUCAGCCAUAGUCAAGACCCAAGCAGCUAUUAGUUCAGGAGAAGUGGGUGUUGAUGGAGUCCCAGCCACAUCUUCUCCAUCUUCGACCUCAGUUUCUGCCUCCUGUUCCCCAGCUUCCACUGCAGAGCAUUUCCACUCCAUGCCUGCCUCACAGACAUCCUCCUCCACCUGCCAAUCCCUGGCCACAGUUCAGACCGUGCCUGCGGACAGCCUAAAUUUCAUCCAGCAGAUACAACAACAUUCGCUUCCUCGUUGCCGCAGUCGGCCAUCCACCUUGCCUCUACCUGGCUCCAAUCCUACCAGUCUUCAGGGCAGAGCUUCUAGGCACAAUCAAAAGUCUGUUCCCAAGAGCAGUCCCACAAACGAACAGUGUACGUUCACUGAACUGCUGGACUCAGACAAACCCUUAAAGGGGCUUGGAUCAUCGGGGGAUAGCAACUACCUCUUAAAACCUAAAACUCCUUACAUCAUAGAGGAUGUGAUGGAGAAGAACCUCAAACAAGCUGGAGGAGUAGAUAUAAAGUGGAACUCCGUUAUGGCUUCCUUAGGGGUAAUGCCAAAUCAAGAGGGCCCAAUUCGACAAACAAAAAUUAGGGAAAGCCCCCCUUCGGGGUACCCUCAUUUUCACUUCCAAUCCCAUGCACAAAAAGAUGAUUGGGGUGGAAUUCAAAAGACAUCCAUGUCUCCAACCAUUGACCUUUUAUCUGUUUCCCCACAUAGUGCCUUACAUGAUGAGUCUGUGUUUAACAUGACAACUACUGACCCCCAGUUGAAUCUCAAACAGGCAAUUAAGCUGCAGUUUGAAGGGCCUACCAGUGCAGUACUUUACCAGCGGGAAACCCCUCUCUGAGGCAAACCUGGACAUUUAGGAGUUCAAGGAGGUGAGGGUUGUGUGGGUAAUCACUGCACUGUGUGUGGAAGGUGUUGAGAGUAGAGGAGGAUGGCAAAUGAGAGCGUCAUAACACAGACCUCCACCUCUCUAACCCAAUGACCCCAAAGCACAAAAGAGGGAAAGACAUAGAGAGUCUAGAGGAACCUGAGUUCAAAGGCUCAAGCUGUGUACAUUCCAGAGUUUUCCUCCUCAUCCCGUCACAAUGGAGAGCAGCUGGCACUCUCUCAUUCUCUGUCAUACAAUCACAGGAAAAUAUUUUUACAUUAAGAGGGACACUUAUGGAUAUUUGCUCUGCUGGUGUUGUGCAUUUGCAAAAGUCAACAUAUACAUACCCCAGGGAUUUUUGUGCACAUAUCUCAGCAUGAAUGGCACAACUUUUCAUAGACAAAAGAGCUAUUCACUCUUAUAAGAGCUAAUAAGAAUUCUGUUGAAACUGGAGUGCAUCUAUCUACAUUAAAAAUAGUCUUUUUGGGUGAUCUGCUGUACAUUGCUCAGACUCUUUGAUUUACACCCAGACUUGGGCUUGCUGGAAGGAAAAAAGGGCUUUUUCAAAGCAACACUGUCGCUUACUGCCUUUAUUUGCCAGAUAUGUGUUAAUGACUUGUGGAAGUAAGUCAUCAGCAAUGUUUGUCUUUUAAAGAUGUGCUUCAUUUGACAUACUAUUUGUUUCAGGAUAUAGACUUGUCCAUAGUUGCUACUCCUUAUACCUUGAGUUUUUUUAAAUUAUACAUUCUGUGAUUGUCAACCGGUGAACCAGUUGACCUAUCAACAGGGGAAAUUAAUAUUUUAAAGCUUCAUUCCAAUUGAAUUACAGAAAGAGAUGGGAAAAAUAAAGUGAGAAGUUACUGUUCUACAAGUAGAUAGAGGGAGUUAGAGAGGAAGACAUGAUCUCCUAUACAUGCUCAUCGGUCAUUAAAACCUUAAAAGAGGUGCGAAAGGUGACAGUGAUGUGAUUUUUAUACUUUACCAUAGUUAAUUUAUAAUGUUUAUAUUGUUUUGUAUGUUAAAAUUUAUUAAGGUGCACUAAUUAAAACUGUAUAUUAUCUUGUGUGUCUGUGUAAAAAUUUGUGUUGAAACAAGAAAGAAGCAAACUUGGCAUCCCUUUUGGUUUGCAUGCGUCAUAUCAUUUAGCACCUCUGUCCCUCACAUAUAGUACUCGUAUAAACACAGUCAGGAAGAGCUAGUUUGUAUAUGAUUUACUUGACCCUCUAUGGAAUUGCCAUUUGUGCAUUAAAACAUUUCCAGCAUUUGUUAGGCUAUCAUGGUAUAUUACAAUGUCACAGAAAUCAAGAAUAACAA